GACCACAAAAAGACCUAUAUGAGGACGCCCCUGGGUCAACUGACAAAUCCAUUCUCCCAAUUAAACCAUAGAAUUCUAUGAAAUUAUGGCUAAACACGUUUGCUCGUUGAGAAGUCAAUAUUACGCUGAUUUUUGGCUAUAUAAAGUAACUGAUACGUUGGUCAAUCAACAACAGUCAUCCGACAAGCAUCCAAGUGACAAUAUCCCAAAGUUUUAGUUUGAAAUUUAAAACAGAAUACCAAGAUGUUCCGCAUUAUCGCUGUUAUCUUUGCCCUGGUUGCCAUGGCUUUCGCUGCUCCUGGUUACAUUGAGCCCUCUUACGGAGUGGUGCCUGUGGCUCAUGUGGUUCCCGUGGUGAAACACAUUCCAGUGGUGAAGCAGGUUCCGGUGGUGCACCAUGUUCCCGUGGUCAAGCACGUUUCCGUGGUCAAGCACGUUCCAGUGGUUCAGCAUGUCCCCGUUCUGAAGUCCUACGAAGUAGCAUCCUAUGGAGUUCCCACCUACGGACACCAGAUCUACCACGGUUAA